AUGCUCCGAACUCUCAUCCGCACAGCACAAACAACCACGAGACCCCCCGUCUACCUCUACACACCCGUCCUCACUCGCUCCCUCCAUCCCCGGCCCAAUCCGGACGAGCUCGACCGCCAAACCCUCCACCCUGAACGAGCCGAAAACACCCAGUCUGGGACCGACGACGCUGUCGCACGGCACACCUCCUCCUAUGACCCCUCGACCACCACUCCAGAGACCGAAUCGGAGGCGCUCGAGGCCGAAUGCAAGCUCCUCGGCGAGGUGGAUCCCUUGUUCUUCAGCGCAGCGCACCGCGAGGUGAGUGCGCUGCUGGAUCCAAAGCUUGAGGUAGCGGUGCAUACGAUUGAGCAUCUGAGCCCGAGUGCGAAGGGGUGGACGAGGAAGCAUAAGGAGGUGACGAUCAGGAAGAUCCCUGGGGCGGGGAGUUUUGAUCAGUUCGAGAGGUUGUUGAAGGGGUUGAGGGAUAUUCAGAAGAGAGGAGGUGGAGGUCCGGGGUCGGCAGUUACUACUUGA